AUGUCUUACGCUAACAACCAAGGAUUUGCCACUGAGGAAUUAUCGCAAUUGCAAAAGGAGAUUUUGUCAAAGAAUCCUGAAGACGUCCUACAAUUCUGUGCAAACUACUUCAACAACAAACUACAAGGCCAAAGAAACCACUUGUGGUCACAGCGAUCAAAAGCUAAAGAUGCCGGUAUAGACUUGUUUCCAAAUGUAAAUGGCUUUGCAUUACAAUCAUCCUCGUCUAUAUCGAGAUCGUCAGCAGCUGCAGGAGGACCAACUGCAUUCUCAAAUGAACAAGGACCUAGUUUCAAAUCUCCCUUUGGUACAAAUGAUCCACACCUGACUCAUGAUGACGAUGUUAAAACAUCGGGUCAAAAGCAAGGUCACGGUAUCUUCAAGUCUAAUUUUGAACUCGACCACUUUGACCAAGCACCUCCUACAAAAGAAAUCAGCCCUGAAGAUCCCACUGUUAAGGCAAGUGGUCCUCAAACACAAUCACAAGAACAAGUGCAGAACAAAGCCAAUUUGCAGAAAAUACCCAUUGCAUUCAACGCCAAUAGAAGAACAUCUGUUUCAGCAGAAGCGUUGAACCCUGCAAAAUUAAAGUCUGAGGAUUGGAAACCACCACAAAAUAACUUAUCCGAAGCUGAGGAACAAGAUUUGGCCAAAAGCCUUCAAAACAACUUUCUCUUUAAACAAUUGGACACUAAAUCGAAAAAGACCGUCAUUUCAGCCUUGCAAUCCAAAAAGUUUAAAAAGGACGAUGUUAUUAUCAAACAAGGAGAUGUAGGUGACUUUUUCUACAUUAUCGAAAAGGGUAAUGUUGAUUUCUAUGUUAAUGACUCCAAGGUCAACUCCAGCAGUGAUGGCUCGUCAUUUGGUGAAUUGGCAUUGAUGUAUAACGCACCUAGAGCUGCUACUGCAAUCGCCGCAUCAGAUGUCACUCUUUGGGCAUUGGACAGGUUGACAUUCCGUCGUAUCUUGUUGGAAGGUACUUUCAACAGAAGAUUGAUGUAUGAAGACUUUCUCAAGGAUAUUGAUAUUUUGAAAUCAUUAACUGAUCUUGAGCGUUCCAAAUUGGCCGACGCAUUGUUCACAGAGAUACACAAAGAAGGAGAUAAGAUUGUCACUGAAGGGGAACAAGGUGAAAACUUUUACUUAAUUGAAAGUGGUACUUGUCUCGUCUCGAGUGAAAAAUACGGUGAGAUCAAAAAAUUGACUAAAGGUGACUAUUUUGGUGAAUUGGCAUUGAUCAAAGACUUGCCCAGACAAGCUACAGUCACUGCAUUAAACAAUGUCAUUGUUGCUACAUUAGGCAAAUCUGGUUUUCAGAGGUUAUUAGGCCCAGUUGUUGAUGUGUUGAGGGAUAGAGAUCCUACAAAAGUAGCACAAGUACAAGAUCCAACAGCCUAA